CCUUGUCAAUCAAAGGUGGCAACGAUUUCAUUAACGAACUUCCCUGUUCUAUAUGACGUUUUCAACAAUAAUAAAUACCUCACCACCAAAGCAUGCACUCAAAUAUCCCACGCACUCAGUUUCAGAUGUCCUUGGGUUUUUACCUUUGUACCCUUUCUGCAAGUUAAUAUCUUUCAUUUUACAAUUACGUCAUUCUUUGGAGGAUGUUCAAUUAAGCAUGGUUAAUGACUACUACGCACAGUUUCUGGACUGUGCUACGUAUAAGAGGAGGGCUGCACUUGCAAGUAAAGAAGAAACCUGGAUAAAGCUACAAUUUUAGAAGUUCCAAGCAAACCGAACACACGGAAUUCAACAACACAUGCACGUGCCUGGCUGUCAUCACAACUGUAAAUGGAUUUUUUAGAGUUAAUAUUUCCCAAGCAACAAAUGAAGACUUCUUUGCAUUCUUAUCUAUUGCGUGAUGAAUGUGCCUUGCAAGAUCUUUUUACAAGCAUGAGUGAAAGCAACAUUGCGUCUGUUAUCGACGAAGCGAUGAAGGCUUCAGUCUACGAUAGCCAACCCACCUUGCAAGAUUUUUUGCGCAUGCUCGAGGAUGAUAAUUCCGAGCUUGGACCGUUGCAAACCGAUUAUUCAUCGGACAGUACAGUUAGCCGGGAUGAAUUAGACACUGAACCUACGUCACCAACAUGCUCAACAGCGGAACCUCCUUCCGUCUCUGAACAAGGCGCAACAAGCGAGUGUGGAGAAGUCGCAGGGUUUGCAACAAAGAAGCGAAAGGAUAAACGAAACCGGAGAAAACCUUUAGAAACAAAAACAUUGCUUGCUCAAUGUCUAUUACAAUGGCUUGAAGAUUCUCGCUACAACCCUAGUGCAAUAACUUGGCUAUCAAAAAGAGACGGCUUGUUCCAAAUUACCAACUCAGCAACAAUAUCAACACUUUGGGGCAGCCGAAAAGGUAACAAGAAAGUGAUGAAUCACGAGAAACUGAGCCGAGCUCUGAGACAUUAUUACAAGGAUGGCACGCUAGAAAGAAUGGAAAACAAGAAGAAAUUGUGUUAUAAGUUCACUUCACAGGCAAUGCAAAAGUUCAGUGCUUUCUUCUCAAAUUGCUAGACCUGUCCCAGGUGCACUUCGAUUGGUCUUUCCAGAUUUUAUAAAAAAGUUAUAAAUAUAUUUUUAUCAAAUUGUUGUGAGAUUGUUGUAUAAAGUUAUUUAAAACAAGAAUUUCUAUAGCCGAUUUAGUUUUAAACUCUAGUUGGCAAUUUUAAAGGUAAAAUUCGUCGAUCUAGCUUGAGAGCAAAUCAUCCCCUCAUUAACAGCCGGGCACUGUUCUCAAGGCUUGCACAGAAGGGCACUGUGGGGCAAUCAGCGUAAAUAUCGGAGACUUUUGGCAAUCAGCGCAUAUGUGGAUAAGUUGUAAUUUCUCUCAAAACCUGUAAUUAUAAUGAAGCUGGGUAACACCAUAACGAUAGGGAAUCAAUGUGGAUCAUUUCUAUGUGGAUCAUUUUUUUGGGAUCAUUCUUGACCUGUUUUUAGAAAAAAAGCAACUUUUGUCUGAUCAGUAACUGUAACAGGGGCAAUUAAGCCCUUCUUUACCCCUUUUGCCUUUCAAAGAGCAUUUCUGCAUAACAUUUAAGUUCAUCAGAAAAUUUUGCGUUUAGUAAAUGUGAUAACUUUUGUAUAUCAGAAUAAUUUAUGUGUGUAUACACAAAGCUUUUGUUGUUAAGUAUAACGAACGGUUUUCGCUAGAAAUCUGUCAUGAAAUAUUGUUACAACCUGGUUGCGUAUAGUAGAUUAUAUGACGGAUGUCAUAAAAGGCGAGGCAAAGCCGCCCUAGUCAUUCCGUAAAAUCUUAAAAGGUACUCUUGAAAACCAUCGAAUAGACCCUUAAAUUCUGGAAAAAGCUCCGAUAAAAAGGCUCGUAACUUUAAAAGAACUGUUAUGUAAUGCUUUUUAUUUGCAUUUGCAUUGAAAUUUAAUUGCAUAAAUUAACAUAAUUUAACAUAAAACCGAAGUUGUAAAUCACUAAUAUGCAGCUGAAAGAUCCUGUAACAAAAGAACGGUUGAUGUGAUGAAGCUAGCGCCUACCAACACCCCCCUCCCCCUUCCUCCCCUUAGUUGCUAUUAUCCGCUAAUAUUCAAAUGUUGCUGAGCAACACGAGCCAAUUAUAAAAACUUUUAAUUGUGGAUAAAGGACCUGGUUUAUAAUAAUUUUGUUUCAGUUUCAGUUGUUCUUGAAUCGUUGUGUACAUAAUCUUAGGUAGUGGCUCAUUUUAGCCUUUUAAGUUGAACCUUAAAGAAUUUCAGAUGAAAUUAUAUAGUGAAUAGAUAUUCAUCUACAAACGAUAUUAUUAUUGAUUAAUAA